GGGGCACAUGCCCAUGCGCUAUGGCAUUCAUGGCCGUCCCUGCAGGAUUCCAGCGACUCUAAUUUAAGGUGAGUCACAAAAAGGGCUACGAGGUUGGUGGGUGCAUUGAAGCCGCAAGCCAACCCAGAGCUUCGUCCUCACCACUUCACUCGCAACUGUAGCAGCACCGUGCCGUGUUGCCGUUUCAUUCGUGGUUAUAUUACAUAUCACAUCCAGGCCCAGCCUUCUCGACCGCCACUUCACUCACUAGAGUGUUGCAGUGUAGUGUAGUGUAGUGUUGGGGUGUUGCAGUUUCACCUCACCUCGGUUGCCGGCAGCACAGUCUUGAGUAGUGCCAAAGAUCUCAAACAAGACCCAAGAGGAGAAGAUGAAGGCGAUCUCUGUCACUCUGGUUCUCCUGCUCUUCGUCCUGGUCGCUUCAUUCCAGGAUGACACCGUGGUUGCAGAUAAUGCCGCCGUUCCGGACGGCGCCUGCGACGCCAAGUGCCGGAGCCGCUGCUCGCUGAAGAAGGCCGGGCGGUGCUUCGGCCUCUGCACGAUGUGCUGCGGCAAGUGCCAAGGCUGCGUGCCGUCGGGGCCGUACGCGAGCAAGGACGAGUGCCCGUGCUACAGGGACAUGAAGUUCCACAAGGACGGCCGCCCCAAAUGCCCAUAGGAAAUUGUAGCUUCGUUCCUCACGAUCCUGAGGUGUUCAUGCAUGUCGUGCGAGCGCUAGGCUUGCCUGCGUGUGGCACGUUGGAUUCGGCUUUCUGAGAGCUUUGUUUUCGUCCUCGGAGACGUCCUGGAAUAAACAAUGCUCUGCAUGCAGUAUAGCAGCAGAUUGUGCAUCGCAGUUCAGAAAGCCAGUCCAGAUCAGACGAGACAGCAUAAACAAGAGACAUAGAAGAAGUGCGACGAGCACGAUAGAACAAGAACAUAGAAGAUUUGGUGUAAGCUUGUUAUUGGUGCUUGCUGCUGCUAGGGGCUGAGUAUUCCAUGCUCAUUGGCGCGCCAGGUAGGGGGGAAUAUCCCUGGAUUUGUUUGUUUGUCUUUUUCCACAGGAAAAGAUGGCUGGUGGGCACCGUCUCCAGCGUUCUGGCUCCACUUCCAGUGACGAAGUGCUGUCCGACGCUCGGGAGAGCCCCAAUCGAUGAUUCAAGAUUAGAAGCCAGUCCAGAUCAGACGAGACAGCAUAAACAGGAGAUAUAGAAGAAGUGCGACGAGCACGAUAGAACAAGAACAUCGCAAACAAGCUCGAGCAGAGCUAGAACACGAGAGCCUCAAGCUCUCUGUAGACAGCACACCCUUGUAACCAGAUACAUCCUUGAAGAAUUCCCUUCAAGGAAAGAUAUAGCGCUCACACAGGAGUAGGGUGUUACGCCCCCGUGCGGUCCGAAUCUGUCUAAACCCUGGUGCAUCCAUCUUUUUUGCACUAGGUCGAUCAUCCUCCUCCACCAGCCGCUGCAUUUAUUUUUGUUCCCAUUUAUUUUCCCGACGAGCUCGUUCAGGAUCAUCCCGGCCGAAUCUUUUAAAGAAUGGUAAGGUGGCGUGGCACAUGAAGCCUGGGCAUACCGACAAAGACACAUAUCUGUCUCUCUCCUCGCAACGGCACAGGAGCAUGCGUUUUGGCGUUCAUGGCCGUCCCUGCAAGAUUUUCCCACUAUUUUAAGGCGACUCACACCAAAAGGGCUUGGAGGCAUGAAAGCUUGAAACAGCAAGCUAACCAUCCUAUGUUUUUUAUGGAAAGAAAACAGAACCGUCCUGCAGUGGACCGUCCUGCAGUGGUUAUAUAUCACACCCAGCCUCCUCACUCCUUCACUGAACUAGAGUAGCAGUGUAGUCAAGUGUAGUGUUGCAGUUUCACAUCUGUAGCCAGCAGUACGCGCGGUCUCUUGAG